UCUUUCAAAAAAAACAAAAACAUUUGUGUUUACAUAAAGACGCAAAAAACCAAUCCCACUGAGGUGUUGUCGCGGCGGUUGUAGUUCAUGAAUUCCGAUGAAGCUCCGCCAUCUCCGUCGCGCACGUCUCUCCCUCUCACCUCUUCAAAGAACCUUUUCCACUUCCAAAUCCACCAACGAAAACGACACUCAUUUCAUCACACACAUUUCCGACAUUGUUCGAGGAAAUCUAAGUUGGAAAAUCGCAUUCAACGACCCAUCAAUUUCAUCCACAUUGAAACCCCAUCAUGUCGAACAAGUCUUAAUCAACACCUUACAUGAUUCAAAGUUAGCUUUACGCUUCUUCAACUUCCUCGGAUUACACAAAAACAUGAACCACACGACAACCUCGUUUGCUAUCUUAGUUCAUGCCCUGGUUCAAAAUAAGCUUUUUUGGCCCGCGAAUUCGCUUUUGCAUACCCUUCUCCUUCGUGGGUCGGAUCCAAAAUUUGUUUUUGAGAAAUUUCUUGAAUCUCAUAAGCAAUGUAAGUUUUCUUCCACUUUGGGGUUUGAUUUUUUGGUUCAUAGUUAUUUGCAAAAUACAAGAGUUUUUGAUGCUGUAGUUGUUUUAAGACUCAUGCUUGGUAAUACUUUGUUGCCUGAGGUUAGAACUUUGAGUGCAAUUUUAAAUGGGUUAUUGAGAAUUAGGAAAUUUAUAUUGGUUUGGGAAGUUUUUGAUGAGUCUGUGAAUGCUGGUGUUAAACCUGAUCCUUAUACUUGUUCCGCUGUAAUUCGGAGCUUGUGUGAGUUAAAAGAUUUUUGUAGAGCUAAGGAAAAGAUUUUGUGGAUGGAAUCUAAUAGGUUUGAUUUGAGUAUUGUGACUUAUAAUGUAUUGAUUCAUGGUCUGUGUAAGGGUGGUGGGGUUUUGGAAGCUCUUGAGGUUAGAAAAUCGUUGAGGGAAAAGGGUUUGAAGGAAGAUGUUGUUACAUAUUGUACAUUGGUGCUUGGAUUUUGUAGGGUGCAACAGUUUGAUGAUGGAAUUUGCCUCAUGAAUGAAAUGGUUGAAUUAGGGUUUGUUCCAACUGAGGCUGCUGUAUCGGGGUUAGUGGAUGGGUUGCGAAAGAAGGGAAAUAUUGACAGUGCUUAUGAUUUGGUUGUUAAGUUAGGAAGGUUUGGUUUUCUACCAAAUUUGUUUGUAUAUAACGCGUUAAUAAACGCUUUGUGCAAAGGUGAGGAUUUGGAUAAAGCAGAGUUGCUUUAUAAAAAUAUGCAUUCGAUGAACUUGCCGCUGAAUGAUGUUACUUACUCUAUUCUGAUUGAUUCCUUUUGCAAAAGGGGGAUGUUGGAUGUUGCUGAAUCUUAUUUUGGUAGAAUGAUAGAAGAUGGUAUAAGAGAAACCAUUUAUCCCUACAACUCUUUGAUAAAUGGCCAUUGUAAGUUCGGGGAUUUGAGUGCUGCUGAGUUUCUGUAUACAAAGAUGAUCAAUGAAGGGUUAGAGCCAACUGCCACUACCUUUACAACAUUGAUUAGUGGAUAUUGUAAAGACCUACAAGUAGAAAAAGCAUUCAAGCUAUAUAGGGAGAUGAAUGAGAAAGAAAUUGCUCCAAGUGUUUAUACUUUCACUGCACUUAUUUACGGACUUUGCAGUACAAAUGAGAUGGCCGAAGCAUCCAAACUUUUCGACGAAAUGGUGGAAAGAAAAAUCAAGCCAACUGAGGUAACAUAUAAUGUUAUGAUUGAAGGCUAUUGUAAGGCUCAUAACAUGGAUAAAGCCUUUGAAUUGCUUGAAGACAUGCUCCAUAAUGGCCUUGUUCCAGACACAUAUACAUACAGACCUCUUAUAAGUGGCCUUUGUUCUACUGGUAGGGUUUCAGCAGCUAAAGAUUUUAUUGAUGAUCUCCACAAGAAGAAUCUCAAGUUAAAUGAGAUGUGCUAUAGUGCACUUCUACAUGGUUAUUGCGGCCAAGGAAGACUGACGGAGGCACUGAGUGCUUCUUGUGAGAUGAUUCAACGAGGAAUCAACAUGGACCUUGUUUGCCACGCUGUUCUUAUUGAUGGUGCAAUGAAGCAGCAAGACAUGAAAAGGUUAUUUGGUCUCUUAAAAAAGAUGUAUGAUCAGGGAUUGAGACCUGAUAGUGUGAUAUAUACAAGUAUGAUUGAUGCAUACAGCAAAGAAGGAUCUUUUAAAAAAUCCGGUGAAUGUUUAGAUUUAAUGGUUACUGAGAAAUGCUUUCCUAAUGUUGUGACUUAUACUGCUUUCAUGAAUGGUUUAUGCAAAGUUGGUGAAAUCGAUAGAGCGGGUCACCUUUUUGAAAAAAUGCUGACUGCAAAUAUCUCUCCUAAUUCAGUUACAUAUGGUUGUUUUCUUGACAGUCUUACGAAGGAGGGAAAUAUGAAGGAAGCUACAGACCUUCACCAUGAGAUGCUUAAAGGGCUUUUAGCAAACACUGCAACAUAUAACAUUCUUAUCCGUGGCUUCUGCAAAUUGGGUAGAUUAAUCGAAGCCACCAAAGUUCUUUCUGAAAUGACUGAAAAUGGGAUUUUCCCUGACUGUAUAACCUAUUCAACUAUAAUUUAUGAGCAUUGCAGAAGUGGCGAUGUAGGAGCAGCAGUUGAACUGUGGGAUACCAUGUUAAGAAAAGGUGUUGAGCCAGAUUCAGUUGCAUUUAACUUGCUAAUAUAUGGUUGCUGUGUUAAUGGAGCACUCGACAAGGCAUUUGAAUUGCGUAAUGACAUGCUGAGUAGAGGGUUGAAGCCAAGACAAAUUUUACAAUUGCAGAAGGUGUAAUAUAAGAGCAGCAGUUGAUUUGUGGUAUAACAUGCUCAGAAAAAGGUCGAUAGCGUGAUUUGGGUGUGUGCAACUUUCUAAUGCACGGUGGCUGUGUAACUGGAGAGGUUGACACGGCACUUCGGUUGUACCAUAGCAUGUUAACAAGAGCAGUGAAGCUAAGGUAGAAUCUCUUUUGGCUGAACUAUCUGAAAAUGAGGUUGAUGCCUGAAGUUGAAGGUGGUUUCUGCAGCCUGGAAAUGUGGAAGUGUUUGUAUUUGCUAUCAUAUGGUGUCAUCUCCAAGUCAGAAGAGCUCGGUAAAAGAGGUGAAUGAGAGCAUUACCAAACGGAGAAUUGGAAAAGCAUUGAAUCAAAUUAAAAUGGAAACAAAACAUUGAAUAUUGCAGAGAAGAAACCAACGUUCAAGCAGCAACACUUUGCAAGUAAUAAUAAAGUACAAAACUGGAAAUUUCGAUUGAAGCUUGUUGUCAGGCCUAACUUGUAUGUAGGCAAUUCUUAUGUUUAUUGUACCACUAAUUUUUUAUUUUUAUUUUACUUAGAACUUGAUGAUGAUGAUGAUGAAAAAAUUCAAUUACAAAGCAGUAAUUCUUUUGUCAGUACUCAAUAUUGGUGCUUGUAUAGUGCUGUGAAAAUAUAGACAGACUGUUUGAAGCAGUUGAUACAAAUUUUGUUUAGCUGAUUUGAUUUGUUGCAAUGAAGCUCUAUACUCCAAAAUUGGAGAUGUGUCCUGAUAUGUAUCGGAUACCGGUAUUUUUAUGAUA